UUGCAAGCUGCAAAGCCAAGGGCCAACUCCCAUCCGUGGACGGUUGUUUCCGCUGAAAGGGGAAAAGCCCCGCCCCCAACCCUCAAAAAGUUUCGACUUAUUUACCAAACCAAAACUAAUCGGUAUAGUCGCCUUCGAAAAUUUCCUUUCUUCGUUCCUUCCCUCCCUCUCUUUUAUUUAUUCUAUCUCGGUUCUCCUUCUCCGGCGGGAUCUCUAGAUCUUUUUCCUUUUUCUUCUUCGUCUCCGGAGAGAUCGAUCCCUUCGGUCGUAGGAGGGUUACGAUCUCAUGGCGGGUCGUUACGACAGCAACCCUUUCGACGAGGAGGAGGUGAAUCCCUUCGCGGACCCAGCAGGUCGUGGAAAAGCAGCUGGACAAUCCAGUUAUGGUGGUGGUCCAUUCUACACAACACGCCCAGGAAGUGUUCCUCCUGCUUUAAAUUCCAGGCUUUCGCCACUUCCUCCAGAACCUGCUGAUUUCUACAAUGAUCGCAGUGCAACAGUUGACAUUCCUCUUGAUACAGCUAAGGAUCUUAAGAAAAAGGAAAGGGAACUUCAAGCCAAGGAGGCAGAAUUAAAUAAGAGGGAAAAGGAACUAAAACGGCUGGAAGAGGCUGCAUCCAGAGCUGGUAUUGUUAUCGAGGAGAAAAAUUGGCCACCUUUUUUUCCCAUUAUUCAUCAUGAUAUUGCAAAUGAGAUACCCAUCCACCUGCAGAGGUUGCAGUACUUUGCAUUUGCAUCGUUGUUAGGAUUGACUGCAUGUCUUCUUUGGAAUUUUGUAGCAGUUACAGUGGCCUGGAUUAAGGGGGAAGGUGUAAAAAUAUGGUUCCUGGCCAUCAUCUACUUUAUUUCCGGUGUCCCAGGAGCAUAUGUUUUAUGGUAUCGGCCUCUGUAUCGUGCCAUGAGGACCGAGAGUGCUCUAAAGUUUGGAAGGUUUUUCCUGUUUUACCUGCUUCACAUAGGUUUCUGCAUCUAUUCAGCUGUGGCUCCUCCAAUAAUAUUCAAGGGGAAAUCUUUGACGUAACUGGGCAAAGUAUGUCUGCUAUAUUCGCUCAAACACUGUGCAAGGCACACUGUACAGACUUUUGCUUCAGAUUAUGCCCCUACUGUGCUGCAACUUUGAAAUGAAAGAGUAUAUGGCUUGACAGCAAUCAAUGAGGCAAAUGGAAUAUGAUUAUAGAAGGGAUAAAACAUGGAAUAUGAUUGUUAAAUUUGUGUUUGAAGAGUUUUAUUAAUCUAUUAUGCUGUGUUAAGCAAAUUCGCGUGACUGGCCAUCAGAUGUUCGGUGCACUGCCUCAUGGUCCCACAUGACAAAGAAAACCAAUUUGUUUUGAUAAUAUAUAUUCGGAUCUCCUGUGUAAAUAUGUGAAUUUUACAUGAGCAUAAAUUGAUCUCACAUGAAAGGGCUAAGGAGCUUUUAGAGCAAGAUUACUGCUACUAACUGGGACCUUGCUGGAAUGCUGAUAAAAGUUGGACUCUUUGGCUUCCUAUAAAGUUAACAUAGAUUCCAACCAAAAUAGAGAGGGUGGACUCUGUCAGUAGAUGUACAAUCACAACCAUUUAUGGUGCUGUUUGCAUGCACUGAAGUUGCUUAGUGCUUGCAAUUUAAUAAAUGAAAUGGCUUUGCUGGUGACAUUGCUUGGCACAAAGAGGAUCUUCUUAGUGGUACUGGCUAUUUUUAAUGAGACUUGGAAGAGAUCAACCUUUCUGUGGACGAUGGGAAUGAAGUUCAAUAAUUAAAUGAUGAAGGUAAAUGAGUGUUUAAGUGUAAAGAAAUCUAACUUCUUACAAUAGCAAUAUGUGAAGUGUCAGACUUCACAUGGUAAUGGAGAUUAUUGUAUUAUUCUGAAUUGAUGGGUCUUUAUGUAAGUUCAAGGUUUCUUAGUUUCAAAUAUUCAACUGCACAUUUCGGAUGGCUUGUAGAGAUCUGCUGAUGAAAGUCUAACAGUCUUUGGAGGAAGUUAAUAGCAAAUUUAUGUCAAUAGGCAUUUGAAAGCUCGAUUCAGUAGGUAAAGAGCUGUGGAAUCUGUUUCUGCUGUUUGGUAAGAGAUUUGGUUGGAAGAAAACUUAUUUUCUUCAGUGUGAUGGAUCUUUCGAUUUUUCAGAAACAAAACUUUUCGCUUGUCUUUUAAGGUUCUCAUAACAUGGGUUGGAGGGGUGAUCAGGACUGUUGCCAACUCUUAAAUCAAUGGGGUUCAGAUGCUUUGUGCUGGGCAGGCUCGAGUUUUGAUAGUAGCGUUUCUGCCAUAUUUGGACCUUUAUAUAUUGGUUUUCCAAGUAUCCAGGCACGAGUUUGCAGCCUUCACUUGACCAGAAACUCAAGGGAACAAUACUCCAGAGAAAGUGAAAGUUAUUUGUGCAAAGGCGUGGCUUACUUUGACAUCUCAUUGUUUUGGACACAAAAAAGAAAGUUAAUAAAUUUUGAACCAGUCUGAUUUAUGUUAAUAUUUCAUUAAAUGUGGAAGAUUAUGACUAUUUCUAAUUUACAACCUUCAAAAGGGAAGUCUAUCUGUCACCAACACCUGUAGAAAACUCGUUGCAGAAUUUCCCCAUCAAUUUUUAUUGGUU